UAAGACAGAAGUUUAUCCACACAGAAAUCGAACUAUUCGGUCCUGGACUUGGUACAAUUUUAACGUUUCGCUUUCAGUAAACUAAGAAUGAAUUGCAGUCACCAUAGAGAUACGCUCGACUGUGGGCUUCAAGUUUAUCAUCCACCGAACACCGUUUAAAUGAUAAACAUUGAGUACACAUCAACCGGGUAGUAACGGGCGACAGAAGACAAUGGAUCUACAGGAAAAAGAUUGCCAAACCGGACGAGGGCCACCUCAUCACCAAUUCCACAAUGAUUAUCAGUCGGAUCCUCGUGCAUCACCUUUGACUCGGACUCUUCGAUCACAGCAAUUAAGUGCAAAUAAACCUGUGCUCCGCAUCGCCGUUUACUUAAUGUCAGGAGUGAUUCUUACUAUGGAAGUGGAACGUGCAGCUACCACCCAAGAUAUCAUUGCUAUAAUUCAAUCCGAAAAGGAAUUGGGACUGGGAAGAAUAUCCCCACCUCUGGGACAACCGGUCUUUGCACUUUGGCUUUGCUCCCAACAAUUGGAAGUACAGCUCGGGCCGACGCAUAAACCCCUGGAGCUUGGAACUAGAUGGCCUCGCUUGCUAGCCAAGUACGGAAGCGAUGAGAUUAGAGAUGAAGAGCAGCCAGUUUUGUACUAUCGUAGAAAUAUUUUUCUCGCUCGAAGCGACGAGGAGCAAGUCAAGGAGGCAAAGACUUUGGAACUGCUUUACGCUGAGGCCAGACAUAAUGUCUUAGAAGGUAGAUAUCCGUGCGAGGGCCAAGCAAGAUACGCGAGUCUCGGGGCGCUUCAAGCACGUAUAGAGCUCGGACCUUAUAAUGCACAGAUUCACACACUGGCAUACUUUCGCCGCCAUAAAGGCAGAUUUUUACCGCAUCACUUCACAUCUCCGACUCUCUUAUUAGGAUUGGGUCUUGGUUUGGGUCUGGUAGGGGGGAAAGGGGCUCCCGAAGUGCGUCUACUCGAUCAGUAUAAGCGUAUACCCCCACAUACAGGGACCAACGCCAAUCCGCGAAAACUGAUAAGGAAAUAUUUGGAGUUUUGUUGGGGACUUCCCUGCUACGGAGCGACCUUUUUCCACGGACAAAUAGAGCGACCAGUCAGAGGCCUGGCAUCAUGGAUCACGCAUCGGGAUUUGAAAGUUCUUGUUGCUAUCAAUGCUCUAGGAGUCUACAUAGUGGAUGACGCACAGUGCAGUCUAUUGCUGGGACUGAAGUACUCUGAACUUAGUUGGGAGAUGGCAAAACCUUCCGACGAAAGGAAUCCCGACUGCCUGCCUUGUCUUUUUCUCCAAUUUCCUGUGCGAGAAAAUGGUGCACACGUAUUUAAAAUUCUACAAGUAUUCUCAAGGCAGGCAAUUAUGAUGGAUACCCUGAUCUCUGGGUUUGUGGAAGAAAGCAGAAAAUGCAAUCCUCGCUGUGAUAUGGCAGGUGUUAGCCGAUCAUCUGACAUUACUAUCACGACGAAUGCGAAUUGUUUUACCAAUAAACUCAGCAAAUUCACCUUGGCAACAUUCGAUGAUGAAGGGCGUUGCAUCGGUCAAAUGGGUUCCUGGUCCUUCCAAUGAAACUGUGGAUGCCUGCCUUAGGUAUGAAACGCAGCAACAGUACACCUCACCAUGUUCGACAAUUUAUUAUUAGAAUAAGUUUGGCAAAUGACAUUACGUUU